GACCGACGAGAGCGGGAGAGGGAGGGCACGCGCACACUGGAUCACCGCGACCGGACAGAGACCCUCAGACGCACAUAUGUGACAAACGGUCAUGUUUAACGUUCAACUGAGAUACGAAAGGGGUUUUAUCAUGAGCGAAAUAUGAGAAUUAGAAACAUGAGCUUGCGCGCACCGGCCUGAUCGCUCGCCGGACCGAUUCAAAUUCACCUCAGUGAGCUAAAUCAGCAAAUAUUAUCACAAUUAACUUAUAUUAAUAACCAGUACAUCUAUAAAGCGUAAGGCAGCACAUUGUGUUCAAGAGACGAUGGAUCCGGACACAGCCGCAGACUUCACCGUGGAAAACGUGGAAAAGGCCCUGCAUCAGCUCUAUUAUGAUCCCAACAUUGAGAAUAAGAAUCUGGCUCAGAAAUGGCUGAUGCAGGCUCAAGUGUCUCCUCAGGCCUGGCAGUUCUGUUGGGUUUUACUGAGACCAGAGAAGGUUCCAGAGAUCCAAUACUUCGGUGCCAGCGCCCUUCACACCAAGAUUUCUCGCUACUGGAGCGACAUUCCAACCGAGCAGUACAGUACGCUCAAAACACAGCUGUUUUCUCAGAUCGCUCGCUUCGCCUCCGGCUCUAAGAUCGUCUUGACCCGCCUGUGCGUGGCUCUGGCGUCCCUCUCCCUCAACAUGAUGCCCGAGGCGUGGCCGGGGGCAGUGUCAGAGAUGGUGCACAUGUUUCAGGAGGAAGGAGGCGAGGUGGAUGGACGCGCGCGAUGUUUGGCUCUCUUGGAGCUCCUCACGGUUCUCCCGGAGGAGUUCCAGACCAGCCGGCUGCCGCAGUACCGUAAGGGACAGGUGCGGGGCGCUCUGGGCCGUGAGUGGACAGCCGUUUACCCGCUCCUACAGCAGCUGUUACGGCAGCCGGACUCUCCGCCGCUGGUGAAGGCCCGUGUGCUCAAGUGUCUGUCGAGCUGGGUUCUGCUGGACGUUCCUCUGAACGAGAGCGAGGGUUUGGUCGAGGCCAGUUUCACGGCUCUGUCGGAUCCGGAGCUGUUCGAUACGGCUGUGGAGGCCAUCGUCAACACCAUCUCACAGCCCGACUCACAGAGGUACGUGGACACUCUCCUGAAGUUGGUGCCGCAUGUGUUACAGCUACAGGAACAGUUACGAGACGCCAUAAGGAAUGGAGACAUGGAAACGUCACAUGGCAUCUGUCGAAUUGCAGUCUCUCUGGGAGAGAAUCAUUCAAGAGCUCUGUUGGAGCAGGUGGAGCACUGGCAGAGUUUUCUGGCUCUUGUGAAUAUGAUCAUGUUCUGCACGGGCAUCCCUGGUCACUACCCCGUCAACGAGACCACCAGCUCUCUCACACUCACCUUCUGGUACACACUACAGGAUGACAUCAUGUCGUUCGAGGCAGAGAAGCAGGCCGUCUAUCUGCAGGUCUACAGGCCCGUGUAUUUCCAGCUCGUAGACGUUCUGCUGCACAAAGCGCAGUUCCCUACGGACGAGGAGUAUGCUUCCUGGUCAUCAGACGAGAAGGAGCAGUUCAGGAUCUACAGGGUGGAUAUAUCCGACACACUAAUGUAUGUCUAUGAGAUGCUGGGAGCCGAAUUACUCAGUAACCUGUAUGACAAACUGGGGCGACUCCUCACCAACACAGAGCAAACAACAACAUGGCAGCAUAUAGAAGCGCUGUUGUACGGAUUCCAGUCCAUCGCCGAAACGAUAGAUGUGAAUUAUUCCGACGUCAUCCCAGGGCUCAUCGGCCUCAUUCCAAGAAUCAACAUAAACAACGUCCAGCUGGCCGACACGGUCAUGUUCACAAUCGGAGCGUUGGCAGAAUGGUUGGCGGAUCAUCCAGUGAUGCUGAGCAGUGUUCUUCCACUGGUUUUGCAAGCAUUGGGCAAUCCAGAUCUGUCUGUUUCCAGCGUCUCCACACUAAAGAAGAUCUGCAGAGAGUGCAAAUAUGACCUGCCCCCAUAUGCCACCAAUAUAGUCGCUGUUUCACAGGAAGUGCUUAUUAAACAGAUCCACAAGACGAGUCAGUGUAUGUGGUUGAUGCAGGCUCUGGGCUUUCUUUUGUCUGCGCUGCCGGUGGAGGAGAUCUUGAGGAACCUUCACUCUCUGAUCACCCCAUACAUCCAACAACUGGAGAAACUAGCAGGGGAGACGCCGAACCCUUCGAAUAAACUGGCCAUUAUUCACAUCCUCGGUCUGCUGUCCAAUCUCUUCACCACACUUGACAUCACCAAACAGGAGGAGGAGUCAGGAGAGAAAGCCCCGCCCAUCAAAUCAGCCCCGCCCCAGACAGGCCCCAACCCUGUAGUGGUGGUGCUCCAGCAGGUCUUUGCACUGAUACAGACGGUCCUCAGUAAAUGGCUGAAUGACUCGCAGGUUGUGGAGGCGGUGUGUGCCAUCUUUGAGAAGUCUGUGAAAACACUCCUGCAUGAUUUUGCCCCCAUGGUGUCUCAGCUGAGUGAGAUGCUGGGGCAGAUGUACAGUACUAUACCGCAGGCAUCUGCACUGGAUUUAACACGCCAGAUGGUCCACAUAUUUGCCAGUCAAACGAAUGAUUUCCCCCCAAUCAAAGCGCUGUUUGAAUUGGUCAAUUCUGUUACACUGACCAUCUUCCAGCAAGGGCCCAGGGAUCAUCCUGAUAUUGUUGAUUCAUUUAUGCAACUCCAAGCUCAGGCCCUCAAACGGAAGCCCGAUUUAUUCUUAUCAGAGAGUCUUGAUGUGAAAGCAGUGUUUCACUGUGGAGUGCUGUCACUGAAAUUCCCAGAAGCCCCGACAGUCAAAUCUACCUGCCUUUUCUUUACAGAACUAAUAUCACACUGCGCAGACAUUCCUCCUGUUGGUCAGGUCGUGCAGGAAGAUGGUAAACUUCUCCUGUUGGCUGUGUUGGAGGCCAUCGGUGGUCAGUCGUCCCGCGGUCUGAUGGACCAGUUUGCAGAGGUGCUCUUCUGUCUGAACAAGCAUUGCUUCGCUCUGCUGACGGUGUGGCUCAAAGAAGCUCUGCGCUCACCGGGCUUCCCAUCCUCGCGUGUCUCUGACGAGCAGAAAGACACGUUCAGCCAACAGGUGCUCCGGGAGCGAGUGAAUAAGCGUCGAGUCAAAGACAUUGUGAAGGAGUUCACCCUGGUGUGCCGUGGCCUUUACGGAACUGAAUACGCCGCGGGCUACUGAUCCGCCGCUCGUACAGACACAGAGUGAGAGGAAACCCAAAAACAGCAACUCCCAGAAGCCCUCACUGUGAUGCGAAUGACACCAUCUCAGAACUGACCAUCUGAGAGUCGGGAUCUUCCUCCAACUUGUCCUCGCUCUCUCUUUCUCUCUCUCGUCCUCGCUCUCUCUUUCUCUCUCUCUCUCUCUCUCUCUCUCUCUCUCUCUCUCUCAACCACUCUCUCAUUGGAUUUUGGGGUGUCUGUAGGGUGUUCUGAAUGGGCGACAUCUCCGCUCCCCACAUCUCACAGCAUGUCCGCUGUAAACCGUUCUUUGAUUCUCCCACGUUUGAUCUUCCGUGGCUCUUGGGCUGUUUUGCUUGUGAUGAUUUGCAUCCUCUUGAACAAAGAAAUAGUGUUAGUUGAAUGUUUUUUAUUUUUAUUUUGAAGAUACUGAAAUAAAUAAUAUAUAUAAAUACACAUAAUCUAGUAAACUGUAGGGUGACUAGUCCGUGUGCUGCUAGCAGAGAGAGGGACCAAUACAGACUGAUUUUUUUCUGUGGCUUUAGAUCUGUCCUCUAUAUCUCUGUCUGUUUAACCUCUAACGAUCGUUUCUGCCAAAAUGUUGUGGACAUUUUUUAAACUAUAAUAUAUAUAUAUAUUGAAAGUUAGCAGCAUAUUUGGUGACUAGUAGAUACUGGGUGUUACGCAAUGAAUAAGAGAGAGAGCGAAGCACUAAGAUAGUUCACUCCAAAAAAUUUAAUUGUCAUCAUUUACCCAACAUCAUGAUGUUCCUAACCUGUAAAUGUUUCUUUAGAAAUUCUUCUUUGUGUUUCAUUAAAGGAACGUACCUGCAUACAGAUAAUGGUCCCAGCAUGCAUAUGACCUAUAUUUGAAAAUUUAUUAAAGGAAUGGUUCGCACAAAAUUGCUAAAAAAUAAAAUGUACUGAAUAUCUACUCCCCAUCAGGCCAUCCAAGUUGCACAUGAAUUUGUUUCUUCACAGGAACAGAUUUGGAGAAAUGUAGCAUUGUAUCACUUCCUCUGCAGUGAAUGGGUGCCAUCAGAAUGAGAGUCCAAACAGCUGAUAAAAACAUCACAAUAAUCCACAAGUAAUUCACAUCACUCCAGUCCAUCAUUAAAUGACUUUUGAAGUGAAAAGCUGCAUUAUUGUGAGGAACAAAUCCAUCAAGGCAUUUUUAACUUUAAACUUUUGUUUCCUCUAUAUUGUUUCCUCAGAUCAAGCACCGUUUAAGUAAAAACACUCAAAUAUUUUGUUGGGUUAUUAUGGAUUAAGGGCUAGUAUUUUGGUAAGAAGCAGCAGUUUAAUGUUUAAUGUAAAGUAUCUAAACAUGCAGCUUUUUGCUUCACAAGUUAUUAAAUGAUAGACUGGAGUGGUGUGGAUUACUUUGAUUAUUGUGAUGUUUUUAUCAGUUGUUUGGAACCAAACUCAUGUGUAUCUGCUUAAGGGUGAGUACAUUUUCAGCAAAUUAGCAUUUUUCCAAUUAACUAUUGCUGUAAACACAUAUCACAUUUCUCUCUCUCUUUUUCGUUUCCGCCCAGCUCCUUGCCGACAUGUAGCAUGUGUGUUGCGUUACAUAGGGGCCCAGAAUGUGUCAUAAUCCAUGGACGAGGGCUGUUCUAUCAUGUUCGUUUACCAGUGAGUCACAGAGUGAGAACACAGGGAGAGACAGAGACAAAUGUACAUUAGGUUUUUUCUUUUUUGUACCUUGUUUUAAUUUAUUAAAUACAUCUGAGAUGGCA